AUGGUGGCCACGCUGCAUCACAACCCUGUUGCACGGAUCACCAACUUUUACGAGAGCAGUUUCAGGCAACUUAGCGACAUCCAACAGAAGCAGACAGGGUUGCUCAUUGGGGCUGCUGUUGCUGAUGCGGCGGCGCACGCAUUCGAGGGCUGCACGGUGGAGGAAAUUGCCGCCUUUGCGGCGGAUCAGGCCAAGGCGCAGGGAGACGUGAUGGCUGAGGAGGAUCCGCUGGUGUUUGCGCAGGCCGGCCCCCGUCGUGAUGGGCGUCGAGGCCACCCAUUGGGCCCGCUGCGGCACCACUCCUACACGCACCUCUUCGCGUCGCAGCUGCUGCGCGUCAUGGCAUCUUCCCGGGGUGAGUUUCCGGUGAGCUACGUGAAGGAUGAAUGGGUGUCGGCGGCCCGCACCCACCCCGAUUGCUUCGCCAACGAGCACGCCUCUCUGCUGCACGUGCUGGGCGUUGUGCUGCCACUACCGGUGAUUUACCCAUGGGCCGACGACGCGACGUUGCGGGCGUACGCAACGCCUUUUAUUGACUUUCUCACAGAGCCGCCGGCGGGCAACUUUGGGGUGGACUCACGCAACGCUGUGCGGGAUUACACUCUCUCUGCGCUCGGCGUUGCACUGCGCUGCCUGCAGAGCAUCCCCGAUCCGUACCGCAACGCCGCCUUCAUGGCGGUGCCAGGGACAGCGGACAUUUUCCCGGAGGACGUCGCGUCCUUUUGCCCGGCGCGAGCGCAUGACAACGCACUGCCGAAUGCCGCGCCUAUUUUUCCAUGCGGCGGCGGCGGCAGUGGCAGUAACAGUUGCGUACUACCGGCCCGCGCUCUGGUGCAGGACGUUCGUGUGGUGCGCGAGGGGCUCGUCGUGGCGAGGGGUGCACGCACCUUUCCAGAUGGCGUCAAAGCCGCUAUUCGUCUUGGUGGGCCCGUCUGCCAGCGGAGCAUCAUUGUCGGUGCCCUGCUCGGCGCGCGCAUGGGUGUGCGCCGCAUUCCGCCGAAUUGGCUCAACGCCACGCCGGAUUACAGCCCCCUCGUCACCAGGGCGGUGGAGGUGGCGCAGUGGAGUUGGAAUCCCCCGCACCAUUAA